AAGAAAUCGCAGUUAUUAAUGAGUAUAUAUAUCAUAUACUCCACAAAUGUUAAAAGGAAAAUAAACAAUGUUAUUUCCGUUUCAAUUGGCGAAAAACAUGUCACCAUAAUCUCUCUAAUUUCUUUACGAUAUCUAGAUUUUGUUAUUAUAUUGAUAUUAUUCCCUAAUAUGAAAAUAAAUUUCAGAUACACAGUUUGGGACUCGAUCAUAAAUUAAAUUUAGAUGGAACAAGUAUCCAAAGUUGCUCUUUCCGUCAAAAAUCAAAUUGAAUAUAACAACAAUAAGAUCACUCUGUACUAUCUAUAAAUACAUCAAGUAAUUUAAAAAUAUUGGUUCAUAGUUGAUAAUGUACAAAAAAAAAAUGUCCCGAGCAGGAAGAAGUCUCAAGUGUGUUUUUCUCGUUGUUCUCGUUUCUUUUGCGACGGUGACCGAUGCCAGCAGCUCCAAAGUGUACAAUGUGGUGAGAUUCAAAAACAGGUUGAAGUCCAACAAGAAUCUCAAGAUAAACUGCAGCAAACGAAAAGCCGUGGACCAAGUGGUUCCUCCCGACACAGUUUUCAGGUUCAACGUGGAUGAUAAUUUCUUCGGGACGACCAAAAUCUACUGCGAGCUGAGACAGGGACCGAACUACGAGCAUCACCAAAGUUUCAAGGCGUACUGGACCAACUUCUGGAGGACACCGGGCGUGAAAUACUCGUGGGAUGUGAGGGAAGACGGCAUCUACUUCACCAAAAACACCAAGAAACCUUGGUUGGAGAAGCCUUGGGAGUUCAAGUAUGGUUGGCUGGGAUGAGAAUAUUCUAUAUGAUUUGUUGUGAAAGAAAAAAAUCUAUAUGAAACUGCAUUCUGCG